AUGUCAGGCUCUGCAUUUAAUCAAUGCCUUAAUCUGAAUACUCUAGAAGUAGAUAAAGCCAAUCCAAACUUUUGUUCAAUAAAUAACUUCAUAUUUAAUAAAGAAAUGACUACACUAGUUCGAACUCCUAUUAAUUUUAAAUGUGAAAUGAUUCCUAAUCGUGAAAAUAUUCAGAACUUAGGUGAGUUUAUGAUGAGCGGGUCCACUAUUGAAGAGUUUAUUGGUUGGCCAAAUAUAUCAACUAUUGGAAUCUAUGCGUUUCAUGUUACACGUUUCCUGAGAAAUAUUGAUAUUUCGAUGACAAAUGUGACAUCUAUUCCUAGUCAUUGUUUCGAAGUUUGCUCACAAUUAAAUAGAAUCCAUUUACCAGGUAAUCUUUCAUCCAUUUCCAAUAAUGCAUUUAUUUAUUUGCAUGUCAUUAGAACUAUAUAUAUACCUUUGAAAGUUGAUUCGAUUGAAGAUAAUUCGUUUGCAUAUAAUAACUGCUUGAAGAUGAUUGUUUAUUUUGGAACUACAGAUUUUCAAUAUAGAAAUCUCAGUAUCUAUUGUCCAUUAUUAUCUGUUGCACGUGUUACUAUAACAUAUCCUUCUUCAAAAUUUGGAUUUUUAGAUGUUCAAAAGAAUGCAUAUAAAAAUGGAAUUAUUGAAGAUAUUUGUAUUUCAUUACAAAUUCAUUAUUCCCACAACCUUUCUUAUUACUUCUUUAUAACAAUACUAAACUCUUUACUUUAA